GCUGUUGUCAUUGUGGUAUACGCAUUUUACUUGAGCGAGAUGUUUAGUCAACAACUGCUAGUCAACCAUAAGACCAUGCUACAGUCAAACCGGACUACCGACGGACUAACCGACCUGGGGGACGAUAGUUCGCGACCUACGUUUACGGUAACAGAGGGCUUGGAGAUCUACAUCCCGCUCGCUAGUCUUAUCAAGUUUCUGCUUUACAUGGGCUGGUUCAAGAUAGGUCUCAGUCUGAUUAAUCCGCUGCGUGAGGAUCAGAGUCAUUUUCCAAUGUCUGCAAUUCUCGACUUUAAUCUGGAGGUCUCAGUUUCGAUUGCGCUCUGUACCACUUCUGUAUUGCCUGCCUCCCUCCGAAUGGACGAGCAUGCCUUCAAUCGUGCUAUGAAACAAGAGUUAAGGGAUGCCAACCAGGAGGCAACACGCUUCUUGCAGGAGCAAGCGCUGGCUCAGGCCCAAACAGAUGGUGUCGAAUUUGAGACUACCGGAAAUUCGGGAUCAAAUGCGGUCCUCUGGUCAGGCCCAGGAAUGGGAAGAUUUACCAACCAACUUAACGAUGGAGUUAAGUGCCUGCUUCUUGGUGAGCAAAUGACG